AUGGCGAAGAAAAAAAAACAAAUACAUGUAAACAUAAUUGACCUGCAAAAGUACUAUCAGAAAGAUGAUCUCAUAAUUGAUGCCAAGCUACCUGAACCCAAUAAAGGAGACGAGAGAAGGAAGAAAAUUUUUGAGCAGAAUGAGUUUGUUCAGAAUAUUGAAUGGCGGGUUCUAGAUGCAGAUAGCCAAAAUAACAAGGGAAAUGAACAUCCUAAUCGGAGAGAUGAUAACAGGAAUAGGAAUGCCCCAUUUGAUAGAGGCCAUGGGAGGAAGGGGGAGUUCUCCCCCCACGGGGGUCAGAGGAGCAAGAGUAGGCAGAACGGCCCUGGUGGCGACGAAGACGAUGACGUAGACUUCUCCAACCUUAGAAGCAAGAGAGACGAGGAAGCAAGAGAGACGAAGAUGCAGACUUUACCACUCUGCGUAACAAGCGCGACGACGACGUCGACUUUGCCAACCUGCGUAACAAGCGAGACGACGACGUCGACUUUCACCACCCUUAGAAGCAAGCGAGACGACGACGUCGACUUCGCCAACGUGAGAGCCAAACGGAACGACGACGUCGACUUUGCUAAUCUGAGAAGCAAGCGGGACGACGAUGCCGACUUCGCCAACGUGAGAGCCAAACGGGACGAAGACGUCGACUUCGCUAAUCUUAGAAGUAGGAAAGAUGACGACGCGAAAAGGGAAAAGGCGUCGGCCAGCGAGAAGCCGUACCAUCUUAAACGACUAGAGGAACUGAGGAAACGGAAAAAGCUACAGGAGAAGGCCAAGGACAGCCCGAUGGCCAGCCGCCCCAACGGGGAUAUCCAUUCUGAGCACCAGGAGGAGGAGGAGAAGGAGAAGAAGCCCGAGGAAAGGGCUAAGACAGAGGCGGACGAGGAAAGGGCCAAAAUAGAGGCGGAGGAAAGGACCAAAAAGGAAGCGGAAGAAAAGGCCAAAAAGGAGGCUGAACAAAAGGCCAAAAAGGAAGCGGAAGAAAAGGCCAAAAAAGAAGCGGAAGAAAAGGCCAAAAAGGAGGCUGAACAAAAGGCAAAAAAAGAAGCGGAAGAAAAGGCCAAGAAGGAGAAAGAAGCGAAGGAUGCGCAGGGUAAAGACACCGAAGAGACCGCCCCGGACGCCGCAAAGGACGCGAAGGACGCGGACGCCGCGAAGCAGCCCAGCCCUGCUGACGUCGCCAAACCGGCCGACCAAGCGGGCGAGGGGACGCCAAAGAAGAAGUUCGUGCCGAAGAGAGUCAUAAUGUACCAGCUGGAGCAGAAGGAGAAGGAGGAGAGGAAUCAGAAGCUACUAGAGGAACAGAAAAAGCAGAGGGAGAUGAAGUUGCAGCUCCUUAAGAGCAGAAGCCAGGGGUCGUCAACGUUUAUACCCACGGCGAAGCUGUUGCACAUGGAAGCCCAAAAGGAGGGAAGACAAAAUGAAGCCAAGAAGGAGGUGCUCGGUGGAACAGAAGAAGGCUCCAAGGGAGCAGCCACCCCCAGGAAAGCAGAAUUCCCCAGUAAAGCGGAAUUCCCCAGUAAAGCGGAAUUCCCCAGUAAAGCGGAAUCCCUCAGGAAAGCGGAAUCCCUCUGGAAAGCAGAACCCCCCAGUAAAGCGGAACCCCCCAGCAAAGCAGACACGAUGGUACUUGAGGGCACUCCCCAAAAAGUAGGCACCGUAGGAGGUAGCCCCCCCAAAAUGAGAUCCACCAAUGAACAAAGGAAAAGCGCCAUGCUGAUUAAACGAACCAAUCACAUAGAACAAAAGAAUGUAAAGAGCAUAAUCGAAGAAAUUGCAGAAAAAACAGAAAAUGCAAAAAUUGUAGAAAAAAUGGACAUCGAGGAAGUCACGAAGAAGAGACGAGAAGAGUUGUAUAAAAAGCAACUCGAUAAAAUUACCAAAAGAAAUGAAGAAAAUGAAAAAUAUAAUAAUAUAUACAAGCAUAACUUGGAUAGUAUUAAGCUCUUUUACGUGGAAGUAAAGAAUAAAAUUCAGCAGGAUCACUCCAUCAGUCAAGAAGAAUGCGUAGAUUUAUGUUCCCCCCUCAAGACGGACGAAUGCAACUACCUGGAGAGCCACGUGCCCCUCUUCGUGACGAUAACCGUUUUUAUUUUAAGCCUUCCCCAGAAGUGUGCGGACGAGGUGUACCUGAAGAAGGCGGCCAAUUUGAGGCUUCUGUUUCUUUACCUGAAGCAGAGCAGCAAAAUUGAGAACCACGACGAAUACAUCCUAAACGACGUCGUAAAAAUUUGUGAUGAACUGAAGUACCCGCACCUGUCUGAGGAGACCUCCCUGGUGGAAGCUGCCUUCGACGCGCUUCUCUUCUCCGGCCUUAUCUCCAAGGGGUCAUUUGUGAAGUGGUUUGACGAGGACAACUCCGACUCGGAGCUGAAAAGCAAAGCCAUGCUGCAGCUGAUCUACUGGCACAAAUGGCUCACCGAGGAAGAGCCGCAGGAUGUAGAAGAAGAAGAAGAGGCAGAACUGGAGAUGGAAGAAGCGGAGGAUGCGGAAGCUAAAAAUGAAGACGACAUACAGGAGAACCUCCCAAAGAGUUAUUUGUUCAAAAAGAUAAAAAAGAAAAUAUUCUGA